AUGUCCACGCCGGUGAGCACGCCCCGCCCGCAGUCGCUGCCCGCUGUUCCGCCCCGCUCCGCGCCCCCCGCCCCUGCCGCCGGCCUCGGCGUCGGUCCUUCCGCACCCGCCGCAGGCCGGCCCCGCCCACGCUUGCACCCGCCCCGCUCCCACCCCCACCAUCGUCCCCGACCCCAUCGCCACGGGAAUUCUCGCUGGGCCACGCGGCAGCCGCGCGGACGCCGUCGAGAGCUCCGCCGCCGCGCGGGGCGAGUGGUGGGCGGCGCCGGCGGCGUUGGGCGCACAUCGUCGCUCCGCCACCGCCGUCGCCUACUUGGCCAGCCAGCGAUCAGGAUCCUGAUUACUCCGAUCUGUUGCCGGUGCUUAUUCGGCUAUCACUCCCUCAAUAGUUCCCUUGAUCACCAUCGACCCCGUUUAAAAUUUCAUCGACUCCCAGGGGGGUCGAUGCCCAAUGUAUCAACUAGGUCUACGCUCUGCAAAAAAUAUCGAAAUAAUUACACGGUUCCAUUACGUUGUGCCUGGCACGCGCGGCGGCAGGAGCCCGCUGAGGAGAGGCGCGCCGCCAGCGUGCCCGACUACGCCCCGCCCCAGCCACCGUCCCCCGCCGCCCUCUGGCGGCAGAGCGGCGGGGCCGCCGCGCGCCACGCCCGCUCCUCCACGCCGUCACGCCCGCCGCCGCCGCCGCCGCCCGGGCCCGACGACGCGGCGUGGAAAGCGCGGAAGAAGAUAAUAUUCAUCAAUUGUUUGAUGAAUCGUAUGAAAUCGCCUGUUGUGCUAACCAUCAGUAAAAUUGCCCAUCUCCAGUGCCCAGUCUUCGCCUCCGCCCCGCUCAGCUCCUACGACGCCUUCAUCAGAGAGCACCUCAUCGCCCCGCCCACGCCGCCCGCCCGCGCCCCGGGGCCGCACGUCUGCGGCGGGAAGGCCGCCCGGGGCGACGGCGCCAAGUGGGCUUGCCACUGCUCCUCAAGCUUCGACAGACGCUCGCCCAUUCCUUUCGCCCUCGGGGGCGCCGCGUGGGACGAGGGCGAAAAAUCGGGAAAGGCGCCCUUCGGAGCCGGCCCCCUCCGCAAGGAGCAGCGUUCGCAGGAAGCGGAGGUCUCUCCCUGCAGGGACUCAGACCUGCAGGCGUGCGCCCCGCCCACGCGGCCAGGCAGCGGCGACGGCAGUGGCGCGGGGCGAGGUUCCAGCCCCGACCCGGGUCAGCGCCUCCGCCUCUCACCGUUCAGACAGAUCGCCGAGCUGCCCAAGAUAGUCGAGUUCGCCGAGGACAGCAGCUUGGAGUCCACGUCCGUCGACAGCGGGCACACGCACUCGCAGGACGCCAGCGACCAAGGAAAGCCACUCAUCAUCAGGUACAGGAAGAUCGAAAGCAACACGGAGAGCAGCCCUCCCCACAGCUCAGUCGUUUUUCAUUUCAACGGCUCCCCAUUGGAAGCUGAAGAUCGUAACCUAACCCCCGGCACGCUCUCUAUAAUUUCUUCCGACUCUAAGACGGGAGACGGGAAUGAUAGUAGAGGAACACAGCCACAGAAAUAUGUAGUUCCAUACAUUCAAGAAGUGAAAAUGAUCAUGGAAAAUUUAGAAUCGAUGUUGGAAUCGCGCGUGCGAAAUGACGUAGCUUUAAUCACUUCCAAAUCCACCUCCAGCCAAACCGGUCCAGAAAUGCUGGUCGAGUGUAGAAGUCGUUUGGAAUCUUCUGCCCGAAGGCAGGAACGACGCCCUGAGAGUGCUGAAUACGAGGCAGAGGAGACCGGGGAGACUCGGAGAGACGCAUCUGACACUUCUCUAGACAACACCAUGGGAACAUCGGAGUACGGAAGCCUCUCCUCCCAGUCCAAACGAGGGGUUUCUGUUAAGCACAGCCUCUCUUCCUUAACUGGCAAAGCGCGAACGGCAAAGCGCUGUGGACCCCCCCGCUGCCCGAUUGGAGAAAAGGUUAUCGUCCCAUGUUUGGCACAUAAUCGCAUAAAACGUUCUCGCAGUGGAAGUUACAUUCACGACGAUCAUUUUGCAUUGAAAAUGUUGGUUCCUGAAUUUCAUGUAGUUCACACAAAUUGCAGUUGCCAGAAAAAUAGGGAUAAAUUGUCAUAGACAAAUGGAAAAUAGUUUACCUUUUGGAUCCCUUAGACCAUGUGUUAUUCAAUUUAAGUAUUUUAAUUUUCCUUUUAUGGUGUAUUUUAUGACAAUCUUGUCGACCAACUACUUCCUUGUAUUCUAAGUGUUUACAAUAAAAUUUUACUGUAUAAAAUUGUACUUCCCUUGCUAAAAUCAGUGUAUUUAUUUACAUACUCCCUAAAAUAUAUUUAAAGAAAAAUUGAAAAAACACCGCCGAUGUUGUUUAAAGUAUAACACACCUUUUCACUUUCUCAUAUAUUACUUCGUACUAGGAGAAAGUCAUAUGAUACAGCAGGGGGGGGGGAAUGCCCAUUAGACAACAGUAAAACACAUUUUAUGGGUCCCCGAUAUCGAAAAUGGACUUUCCUUCCUCAUAUACCACGGCUACUCGUCAGGCGAAUCGAGAGAGCGGAGGCGCCGUACGGAACCCAAGUGUUCCGCCACUGCCGAUAACCUCAGACACGGCGAGUCAGUGUCCUGAUAAUUCCAGUUCGGACACAUAUACUCUAUUCCUUGUCAUUUCCAAUUAUACAUUAUUGAUUUGCAGGGUGACUCUGAAUUGAGGGUCAAAUUUCAAACGAAAAACUUCUGUUCGAAUUUUAUAAGAACUUUUUUUCUCGUGUGUAUCGAAGGAUGGUGAAUACAAUUGAUGCUGGUCCCCUUUGGGUGAACUCUGAGUUUUCGAAAAAUUCAAGAAAUUAACAUUUCAAAAGUACAAUAUUGAAGACACGGAGUUUUGUCUUAAAUGAAAUAAGUUUUAAAAAAAUGUAAAAUUUUUGAAAACUCGAGUAGUUUUCUGGAAGUUUCUGCUAUUUAUUGCGUUUAUUACAAUUUAUUUUUAAAAAAAUUCUCAAAAACGGACCCGAAUUCUUUCUUUACAUUUUCUCUAUGGAUAGAGCAAAAACACUUAAGAAUUGUUUAGGUAUGUUUUUCGCUAAACUCUCAGAAUUUUCGGAAAUUCAAAAAAUAGAAAUAAUGCGCAUUUAUAGCACCAUUUGUUUAAAAAACAAACCCUUUUGUAAGAAUAGAACAUAAUAGAAUUCAAAGGCAGAAAAGUCAUUUUUAUAUAAACAUUUGAAUUUUCCCAAAAAUUAAGUGCUUGUAUUUUUUCGAACUUCUUGCUCUGUUUGAUUGGACGUUUUUCAAUGCCGAUAAGAUAAAUGUUGCAACAUUAUAUUACAUAACAAUUACCAAUAAUAAGAGAAAGUAUUUGCUCACCACUUGCUUUUUGAACUUUUUUUUAUUUAGUUGUAUUACGCAGUACGUUAUUUAGAUAUUUAUUUUAUUUUGGGUUAUAUUUCUUAUAACAUCAACUAAAAAUAAUUCACUUAAGUUAAUUUUUAUAAAUCAUGACAAGUCGUCUAUGAUUCGGUUUACUCAGAAAGAUUCAUUUUUCUUCUACUAAGCAGUAAAACCAUCUCUUUACACACCAGCCUACCUCUUCAUUGCAAAGCGACUGCAUCAUUAAAAUCAUUUUCCAAAACGAAAAAAAAAUCCAAGCCUAAUAACUACAUCAUAUGUAGCAAAAUUAAUAGGGGUUAUCUCGAUACCUUUCAGCAGAUAAUUCCUUCAGUCAGUGGAAAGUUGCAGGCAAUGGUCCUGGAAGGCAAGAUAUUCUUUUCUGCUAGAAAUGUGAAUCAAAUAAACAUAUUCUCCUUUUAACUAUUAUGUAUCGGGACGAACAUUAAACUAGUUGAUGCUACAAAUACAUUCUCGCAUUAUUUUUUUCACAAUUUUAGAAGAUUGAGAAUUCAACGAAAAUUAUUCCUGCACCAUUUUUUAAGCGUCCUUAUAAAUUGAAUUAACUUCAAGCAGUACGUGAAAUUAAUAGUUAUUGGUUGUUUUUUUAAAUAUUUGUACUUGUUUUAAAGAUCUUAUUUUUUAGAACAGAUUUUAAGACAAAAAUGUAUUUUCUUAAUACUGUACUUUUGCUAUGUUAAUUGUUUAGAAUUUUCGACUUCUCCGAAUCGAUUUUCGAAUACAGAGUUCGUCGAAAAAUGAGACUACCACCGAUUUUUACCGUCCUUUGAUAC